AUGCCUUCAUCCUCGCCCCGCUCCACCGCCCCGCACGCACACGACGCUCCCUUGGACAUCACCAUCGCCCCCGCCCCCGAACCGGCUGCAGCCGACUGUGUCCUCGCUCCUUCGCGCAACGCCAACGUCUCCACCCCUCGCCCACCGUCGAGCCCACAGAAGCACUUGUCGACUCUCGCACCCGACGUCUCGCAAGACGGCAAGCCACCUGCCUCGCUCACGCACAAACGCUCGGUCAAGCACAUCACAAAGCAGUACGAACAGCGCGCAGAUACCAGCCCCGCAUUGCUCCGUCCGCCCUCGUCCGUAUCACGUCCCGCCUCGCCCACCCUCAAGAAGCGCAGCUCCUUCUUGCUUCCCAGCAACUCGGACCCCACAACCCUCUCCGCCACACCGCCCCGCCCCAGAAGCCUCAGCAGUGGUGCGGCCUCCGCAACCACUACCUUUUCUCGAUCGCCCUCCAUCAGACUCGCAAGCGGCUCGUACCCUUCCACCCUACGUCCUCCGGUGCAAAAGAAGAGAUCAUCAUCCUCCAUUCGCUCCCUUCCGGAACCGCCCCGGCCAUCGUCCCGUUCUUCGCUCAGCAGGCCACCAAGCGCCGCGGACUCGCACGAUCCAUCUUGUGUCGAUUCGCCCAUCGAAUCCAGCACAGCGAUCGUCAUCUCGCCGGUCACUGCCGACUCACCCGUCGAGCCGCAGCACACCGAGCCACAGCUCAUCGAGCCGGAGCUGGCUCCGCAGGAAUCCAAUAUGAGCAGCGUGUCCGACCCGGCGACCACAGAGUCGACACCCGAACGGCCGCUCGCUGCGCCAAUGGGCGACGAGACACCCGACGCAGACACCUCGAACGAAGUCGAUGACGCUCUCUAUGAGGAGCUCGACAGCGUCGCCGACCUAGACACCUCGCAGCCCAACGGAGCGCCCACAUCGGUACGCAAGGUCGACUUUGCCAAGAUGACCGUGGCAGAGCGACGCGAGCACUCGCGCCGACACUCGCGCGUACACAGCCGCAACCUCAGCGUCUUCUUCCCGCGCCCGGGCACCGACGCUGAAGCCGAGGCGGACGAAGCCAGAGCGCGCGAUGCGUUUGCACACGAAAUGCCACACACUGCGCCUCCGUCUACGUUUGCCAUCAGCGCCGCCACCGCCAGCACGCCCGCUCAUACCCCGGCCUCACAUGUGCACCGUCGCAACGGCAGCGGCAACCGUCCUCAGAUCACCGUCAGCACCGAUGCCACCACGCUCUCCCCGCGUUCCGCCAGCUUUGCUGCACUCACCGCCAACCAGCAGCCGGCGGCUGGCAAGCUGGAUGCUCCGAGUCAGCUCGGAGAUCUUAGCCCCAGCCCGACCAAGAGCAGACGCGGUCAUCACCACCGCCAUAGCGUCGCCAUGCUCGACUCGGGCCUCAGCCCCAUCACCGCCAAGCACAACGGCCAUGCCAUGGAGCGCUCCACCUCUUCCACCUCGUGGACCUCGGAUACCUCGAUCGCGGCCGCAGAAAAGCAUCUUGACGCCCACAGCCACCACGCCCACUCGCACGACCACAGUCACCACCACGGGCACAGCCACAUUCACGCGCAUGGCAAGCGUUCGCUCCACGCACGCACCGUUUCGGCGCUCAGCCACAUCCCGCAAGCCUCGCGUCCGCUGCUGCUGUUUGGCAUGUCGCACUUUGGUCUGGGUGCGGCGCUGUGGAUGGCGGGGCAGGAGGUGGACUCUCUGUCCGCCACGGGCCUGGGCUAUCUCGUCGUGUUUGACGCCAUGGGUAUCUUGAGCAGUGCCAUGGCCGAUUGGGCGCUCGAGUGGGAGCAGCAUGCGGCCGACCUGCGCAGGCGCACGGGCAAGGCGGACGGCACCGCCAUCCGACGCCCCUACGGCAUGCACCGUGUCUCGACGCUCCUCCACUUUGUCCAGACCAUCUACCUGCUGUUUGCCAGCGUGUACGUGCUCAAGGAGUCGGUCGAGCAUGCGCUGCUCGAAGGUGGCGGUGGCCAUGCGGUGGAGGGUGCGGUGGAUUCGGCGUCGGGUCAUGAUCAUUCGCACGCACACGCCGAGCACUCGUAUGGCAUUGUGAUGCCUAAUCUGCUGCUCGCGCUCUCGCUCGCGGCGUGCGUGAUCUCGAACCUCGUGAUGGGCAACCAUGCGCGCUUGGUCGCUGCGUGCGGGAUUAGCACGGCCGCAUCGGGUUCGGCGCCACCCAGCGCCGCACGCCAUGGUCGCAGCGGCUCGGUGCUCAUGCGUCCGUCGGAACUGGCGUCGCCAUUGCUCGCGCUGCUUGCAAACCCGUUCAGUCUGACGGUGCUCUUCUUCAGCUCGGCACUGUUGUUCGCCGGCCUCACCAUGCCUUCGGUGCAAGUGGCGGCGCUCGACAAAGUUCUUGCCGGUCUCGAGUCGGUAUCGAUGUUCUACGUAGCCUAUCCUGCCUCGGUCGCGCUGGGCAAGGUGCUUCUGCAGACAGCCCCCUCGGAGGCGUCACCGAACUUGCAGCAGCUCAAGCGUGCGCUCAAGACGGUGGAACAGCAUCCGCUCGUUUCGUACGUGCCUCCACCGAAUGUUUGGCAGCUCACGCCGCCGACGUCGGCCGUGGUGCAGGCGGACCGUGCGUCGGGUGUGCUGUCGGGCGGCGCGGGCUCGGGUCGAGGUAUGCAUUUUGGCAGCAAAUCCGCAUCGCUCGUGGCGUCGGUCACCGUAUUCCUCAAGCCCGACGCGUCCGAGGACGACUGCUUCGAGAUGACAAAGUGGGCCUGGGAACGGUUGGCGCCUAGCGUGGCGGCGACGCGCGGGCUUAUGGCCGGCGAGAUGCUCAGAGGCACCCAGAGAGCAGGUGAGCUUACCGUCACUGUCAAACGCGAGGGUCAUGAAGACGAUGGUGUGGUUCAUAAUGCCGCCUGCGCUCAUGGACACGAGCAUCAUGGACACGAUCAUCACGGACAUGACCAUCACGAUCACGGCCACGCCCACGGUCAUGCUUACGGCCACGCUCACAGCCAUGGACAUCACCACCACCAUCACCACUGA